UUCCCCGGUUUCGCCAACACCAUGACGUCCCGUGGCACAACCACUUUACUGUAUCUGGAUGACGCCCGUCGUUUGCUUCACCGGCCAAGUUCACUGUUGGACUGGAGGUUGUGUACUCAACAAAAAUAUUUAGCUCGUCAAUUGAUCACCGCCCCGAGGCGUGGUUUUCCCGGCGUGUGUUGCCCGGGCUUGGAGGGCAGCAUGAGAUGCUAUGUCCUCUAACAUUUACUAUUUAAAUGCUGCUUUAGUACCUGCCGAGCAGCAGGACCCUACGAUCCUAUGCCUUCAACUCUUCCAACUCACAUGGAAUAAUCAAUGACCCGCCAGGGACUUCUUUCCCCACAUCUUGCCUCCCAUGUGCUUCCGGCUUUGGCGUCCCUUAGAGCGGCCCUUGGUGCCUCUGGAAGAAGCUCCCAUGCGAUGGAUGAUCCUUCACGUCUGCAAGUGAUGGCUGCUAGGCAACUCAGCAGCCAGCUCGCUGCAGCAGCUCUGAAAUGUGUCAGCGCUGAUAUUCGCUACUUCAAGCAGCUCAUGCGUGGUCUCUCGAAUGCUUUGGGUCUGGGAUUCUACUCACGAGGAUCGGCGGAUGAACGGUACGAUCCGUACCCCGUCGUAGCAGUUCCGACGGUCUGCCAUCGCAACUUCAGUUCCCCGGAAAAUAUGCGGCGGCAGAAACGUUGCUGCCAGACGAAGGAAUACCUCAUUUUGUUGUUGGCCGAACGGCACCAACCCGGCAAGCUUUGACCACAAAUUUGGGUCAACCUCUCCGCAUG